AAUGAAGCUAAUCACGCACUUCCCAGUUCCCAACCAAUACACGCACACCGCAUCGAACUUUCUCUCUGCUUCUAGGAAAUGGGUUCGCUUCCCGAUUUGGACACUCCCUCUCCCUCUCUCAGCUCCAGGAUCUCAACGGUGGUUCCCGCAACCCCUCGAGGUGACCAAAACGGUGCGUAUCGACUCAACUACAUGGACCUGCUCAUGAAGCUCCAUUACAUUCGACCCGUUUUCCUCUUCAAUUCCCAAGCCGUGCAAGGCUUCUCAAUUUCCGACUUGAAGAAACCAAUGUUCCCGCUACUCGACCUCUAUUGCCACGUGUCGGGUCGGAUCAGAAGAUCCGAAUCCGGACACCCCUUUAUAAAGUGCAACGACGCUGGUGUUCGCAUCGCCGAGUCACACUGCGACAGAACGCUGCAAGAAUGGGUCGACGGAAACGGAAACGGAAACGCCGUUGAAGGGCUCGUCCAUGAUCACGUGCUUGGUCCUGACCUUGCUUUUUCUCCUCUCGUUUUCGUCAAGUUCACUUGGUUCAAAUGUGGAGGAUUAUCCGUGGGAUUAAGCUGGGCACACGUUCUUGGAGAUGCAUUUUCUGCCUUCGACUUCAUUUCCAAAUGGAGUCAAAUGCUAGCAGGUCAAGCCCCACCAAAAUCUCUUCACAUGCCAAAUCUUCCUGAGCCUCAAAUCUUACCCAAUUCCAUUUCUGGGAACCCUCCAAUUUCCAUUGAAAGAACAAAUAUUGUUGGGGAGUAUUGGCUCGCUACUAAUGACAAAGACGUGGCUACUCACUCUUUUCACAUCACUUCUGAACAACUUCACUAUUUGAUAACAGCCACAUCUAAUCAAUACAGUGACACUACCAAUAAGGCCAAGAAGACCACUUAUUUUGAAAUUAUUUCGGCCCUGCUUUGGAAGUGUAUAGCAAACAUAAGGGACCAAAAUUUUGGACCAAAGGCUGUGACAAUAUGCACCAGUAAACCUAAUCGCCCAGAAAAUGAAUCCCCCACCAAUGGCUUCAUAGUGCUUAGCAAAAUUGAAGCCGAAUUCUCAAUUGGGAAGUGUGAAAUAUCGGAAUUGGUGAAACUGAUUGAUGAGAACAAGAUGGUUGAGAAUCAUGUGGUGGAAAAAUUGGUGGAGGGUGAUGAAGGGAAAGAGGAUGAUUUUAUAGUUUAUGGGGCGAAAUUGACGUUUGUGGAUUUGGAAGAAGCAAACACCUAUCAUGGGGUUAAGCUGAAUGGACAUAAACCAAUUAUGGCAAACUGUACAUUUCAUGGGGUGGGUGAUCAAGGGGUUGUUUUGGUUCUUCCAGCACCAGAAGAUAAUGAAUUAAAUGGUGGUAAUGGAAGGAUUGUUACGGUUUCUUUGCCAAGGGAUGAACUAGAUCAGCUGAAAGAUAAGCUAGGAGAAUGGGGCAUACACUAAUUGUUCUUGCCGAACACUUGCUUAUGUUGUGUUGAUUGUUUUUCAUUUGUUUUAUUGUUAAUUGCUAUUAUAGUUUAGUAUGUAUGCCAGUAAUAAUUAAAUAAUGAUUUGGUUAUCCACUCUUAUAUUGGAUUAUUGGACAA